GAUAGCGAUCCAAUUAUUGUUAUCUAUGUUAAAUGAUAAAAUAUAAGGAGUCGUUUGUUUUUUUCCGGAUCUGUCAUUAAUAAUGAAAAUUGUAAUUAUUUUGUUGCUGGGAGCUAUAGCUGUUUCAGCUCUCCCCACCGAACUUCCGAAAGACCCUUUCAUCGACAAAGUAACUGAGGAUCGAUACCAAUAUGUCGUGGAUGGAGAGGACCAGAUACACUAUGUGGACCUGUGGGCUAGUGAAGACGAGUCCACACCAAGAUACGAUCCUGACAGACAGAAUGUCUACCAUUUGUUCACUAGAAACAACCCACAAGUCAGCCAACCGAUGUUGAUUGGUAACGAAGGUCUCCUCGGGCUAACCGACUACGAUCCUCUCCGAAGGACCAUCGUCAUCUUGCACGGUUGGAGGAGCACGGCCACUUCCGACGUCAACGCGGUUCUUGUACCAGCCUUCCUUUCUGCCGAAAACGUCAAUGUCAUUGUUGUGGACUGGAGCGCCGGCGGCGGCAACCUGAACUAUCUGACUGCUGUAUCCAACACUGUUACUUCUGGGGAAAGCGUAGCCCGCUUCAUCAACUGGCUGAACAGCGUGACAGGCACGUCCGCUGCGCACUACCACCUCGUCGGGCACAGCCUCGGCGCUCACCAGGCUGGUGUCAUCGGGAGAAAUAUCAACGGCAACAUCGCUUAUAUAACUGGCCUGGACCCUUCAUAUUCCGGCUGGGUUUUGAACAGCAAUAAGUUGAAACCAGAAGACUCAUCCUACACCGAAGUCAUCCAUACUAACGCUGGCCUGAUAGGCUACAUUGGUACCCUGGGCCACGCUGACUUCUAUCCUAAUGGUGGGAUCAGUAUGCCGGGAUGUGACUCACAGUCGUGUGAUCACUCCAGGUCUUAUUUCUACUUUUCCGAGUCCCUCCUAUCUGGGGGCUUCACGGGGCGCCGCUGCGCGACCUACGUCACUGCCAUGACCGGCCAGUGCUUCCUGUGGGGGAACCUGCACAUGGGUGGACUGGUACCUAAGACUGGGUCAUCUGGCAUCUACUACCUCGAAACCAACGGUGCUCCUCCGUUCUCCAAGGACUAAAAUCAUCACCCGACAUUGGAUUCAGCGGCCGGACCAUAGACAAAGAAAAAAAUUGCGCGCUAUUCAUUUAAUAUUAUUAUAUGUAUUAAUUUCAAAAACCUCUUCGAACGGUCUCUGUUACUUUUGGAUUUUUGAGCUGAUUCGCCGUUCUUCGUACUCUUUCAAGUAUCUUUCCUCCCUUUCAUUUUAUCUUAUAGAUUGUCUACGCCAGUACACCACAACACUAGGCGCGUCCCGCCCGCGACCCCUCGCGCGGCAGCCAAUGGCUAUCAAACACGACAAUUUAAAUUUUAUUCCUGCGCGCGCACUACAAAUCUAGUUUUUUCUAUUGUUUUUUUUUCCUGUCAUUCUAUUCGAUUUCUGUUUUUCAUUAUACCAAUUUGUAAGAACAAAGAAAAAUAUAAUUGUCUAAUUCUUA